AUUCAGGUUGGCGGGAAAAGGUCAAACCUUAGAGCUCUUAUUUUUGAUAGAUCCUCUGAUAACUACAACUCACCUAGCGCCAAGUCACCAAACCUGGUGGCUAGACUCAUGGGUCUUGAUCUUCUUCCUGAUAACUUAGACAUUAAUAGAUCAUCAAGAAAAAGUUUAAGAGGACAUAGACUCACUGAGAACUGCUCAGGGAUAAGAUCUUUGCCUGAGAGCCCCAGGGUCUCUUCUGCUCGUAAAUCUGAUUCCGACGUUCGUCGCCUCUCUCUUCAGCUAAACAGAGAGAAUAAGCAUGAAGACUCUGUGUGUCAGAGGCUGAAAGAGGAGGAAAAUCAAAGCCCGGAAAAUAAUGAGAGGGUCAUCACUAGAAGACUUGGCAUGGAUAUAACAAACUUGCUUGAGAACAGAAGGGCGAGACAAGGACAAGACCAGAUUAAGCAUAGGAAAGUGAGAAGCAUGUCUUCACAGAAAGAGAACACACUAAGCUCCAGCCCCACAUUUGUGUUCAAACAUGAUAAGAUCUCUCAAGAACCAACAAGAAAGCUGACCCUUUCAAAACAUUCCAAGAAGAACCUCAAAAACGUGGAUGAACAGCCGCUAAGACCUACCAACGUAUGCAAGAAAGUGUGUAGUAAAUCAAAGUUCUCUCCUCAUUCAACACCCAAUAACCAACAGAAGCAGAGACAAGCUUUCAUCUCUACAUCAAGAUGUGAUCGUUUACACAAGAAAGAAUGCAAGCAAAUCCCAAACUCAUCAGCUGUCGCUGCCUCAGAACGUCCCCGGAAACAGAUGGAAAGAGCGGAAGGACCGGAACAGAAAGAAGAUGGGACGAUAUGCCCCGGUCAGAUGUAUAACUACGAGGAGAAGCUUCCUCAAGAACUUCUAAGUUCCAGUUCUUCCCGUUCAACAACCGUUUCUGCCACCUUCUCCAACGUAGGAAGAACCAAAAUCUAUUUUGAAUAUCUUCCGGGGAUGAAAAAGCUUGAAAAAGAAGAGGAAAGGGUGGUCGCUGUGAUUGAGCGGCAUAUCGUAGACGCACUCGUGCUAGAAACGGUAAAAUUGGCUUGCGUUUGAGGGGAUAAAACGAGGCGUUUUAGUAAUAACGAACGCUUUUUAUUUGUGGGAACGUGAUGAGAGUUAUUCUA